GUAAGGUCACCCCCAAAUCUGCAUAUAUUCUCAGCCAGACAAUUCAGGAUCUUCAAGAUCUGUAUCACUCUUGUCAUUAGACUUUUUUUUCACAGCAGGAUGGCAGACUCUCUGUGUAAGCUGUGCCCUCUGUCCACCGCAAAAACUGUGGAGCGUGGCAAGUGGAGCAACAAAAAAGAGUUCAUCCUUUCAGUAGCCGGAGCUAUUAUUGGAUUGGGCAACGUGUGGAGAUUUCCAUAUCUUUGCUACAAGAAUGGAGGUGGUGCAUUCUUCAUUCCUUAUAUCCUGUUCCUGGGAACCUGUGGGAUUCCUCUAUUUGUGUUGGAAACAGCUCUGGGGCAGUACACUAGUCAGGGGGGAAUCAGGUGCUGGAGGAAGAUCUGCCCCUUGUUUGAAGGGUUGGGGUAUGCCGGCCAAAUCAUCACCUUCUAUGGAAGCAUCACCUACAUUGUGAUUUUAGCUUGGGCAUUGUUCUACUUCUUCUCUUCCUUCUCUCGAGAGUUACCCUGGGCCUCUUGUAACAACACCUGGAACACAGAUCAUUGUAUGGUAACAAAUUACCAUAAUGCCACUCCUAAUGGAACAUCAUUUGUGAAUGGAUCAUCAUCAUCCGUCUUAGAGUUUUGGCAUCGUCGGGUGUUGAAUAUAUCCACUGGCAUAGAGAAUUUAGGAAACCUACGUCGGGACCUUUUUUUGUGCCUUCUUCUGUCCUGGAUCAUAUGCUACUUCUGUGUCUGGAAGGGAGUGAGAUCCACUGGAAAGGCAGCCUACUUCACAGCCACGUUCCCCUUCGUCUUUUUAGCGGUGCUGCUUCUCAGAGGAGUUACUCUUCCUGGAGCCUCCCAUGGUAUCAAAUACUAUUUGUACCCCAAUCCUUCCCGGCUCGCUGACCCACAGGUCUGGAUAGAUGCUGGAACUCAAAUAUUUUACUCUCAAGCUAUAUGCAUGGGAUUUCUUACCUCUCUUGGGAGCUACAACAAGUACAACAACAACUGUUACAGAGACUCCUUCUUUCUCUGCUUCCUGAACAGUGGGACCAGCUUUGUAUCUGGAUUAGCUAUUUUCUCUUUUCUGGGUUACAUGUCACAAAAGCUGGGUGUUGACAUUGCUGCUGUUGCUGAGUCAGGACCUGGACUUGUCUUCAUUAUUUACCCAGAAGCUGUGACCCUGUUGCCUUGGCCUCAGGUCUGGUCCGUGUGCUUCUUCACUAUGAUCAUACUGUUAGGAAUUGAUGGCCAGUUUAUAGGGCUCGAAAGUAUGAUGACCUCCUUAACAGACAUCUUCCCUUCACAUAUCCAAAGGGGAUACCGCAGGGAGCUUUAUCUGCUGUUGAUCUGUUCUUGUAGCUUUUUGAUGGGGCUGUUUUUAGUGACAGAGGGUGGUAUGUACAUUCUCCAGAUCUUUGAUCAUUAUGUAUGCAGUGGCCCUGCUCUUCUCAUAAUGGCAAUGCUAGAAUCAGUGGUUAUUGGUUGGAUUUAUGGAGCUGAUCGUUUCUGUGACAACAUUGAAGACAUGAUUGGUUACAAACCCCUCUCUUUUAUGAAGUACUGCUGGCAGUAUAUCAUACCUCUGAUUGGUGUUGGAACUAUUACAUUUUUGUUACUGAGAUACAGCCCAAUGAAGUUCAACAACAUCUACGUGUAUCCAUGGUGGGCCUACUGCUUUGGCUGGUUCCUGGCCAUGUCAUCGUUGUCUAUGAUCCCACUUCACAUGAUUCUUAAACUGCUCAAAGGAAAAGGGACUCUAUGGCAGCGUCUCAAAACAAGCUCCAAGGCUGCAGAUGAUCUUCCAGUCAUGGCAAAAGAAAUGGGAAGCAUCCAAAGUUCAAUAACUACAAGUCCAUGAUCUGACGGUUCAAUUGAGAAUUUUGUUGAGAAAUACCUUUUGUUUUUCAUUUAAUAGCGCUAUAUAUGCAAACAUAGGCACAUCAACAUGUAGAUGGCUUCAUUUAAAAAUAUAUUUCUGUUGUGGUGAUAUUGCUGAUCUGAAUUCGUAUAUUAACACAUUUUUGAGAAUAAGCAAAGUUAAAGCUCUUUAAUAUUGCAUUAUACAAUAUAUUGUGUAAUUUUUUUUUACAGUCAAUUUCAAAUAUGUAUAUUCAAAGAGAAAGGGCACGGCAAAAUCAAUCCAUAUUGUUUCUUAUGUUGCAAAGCAUCUAUGUCAAUAAAUGUGUCUCUGUAAGGCUGUUAGCUCUGCACACACUUGUUGUCUAGAACAUGGUAUCCGCAGAAAAGUGUGACAAUUCAUAUUUUAUUCCUGUAGUUUAGUUGGAACCAAUAAAUAU